AGGCAGAGAGGGGGUCCAGGGCAGGGUCCUGAGGGAGUGGUUUCCAGUGCCAGCCAGAGGAUCUUGAGAUGAGGCCAGGGAGGGAGCUGAAGCCACUGAAUUGGACACGUGGAGGAGGCAGCGCAGGUGGCCAGGCUUAGGGCUCCUGGGAGGCUCCCACACCCUCAAGGCACAGGUCGGAGGAGACCCUGCCCAAACCAAGGACAAAGGAAGGGGGUUUAGGGCGCUUCCAGCCAUGGGGGCCAACGCUGGUUCUUCAUCAAUUUGGAGCGCCAGGAGAGGGCGGGAACUAGUCCUGUACGGAGACCCCCCCACUUUGGGCUGCCCACACCCCCACCCCCUCUCAAGCAGCCAAGGGAGGCAGGUCCUCCCCUUCAAAUGGAGGGGCCCUCAGGCUUCUCUGGAAUUGGACGUCUUGACCCAGGACAGCCUGGUGAGGGGUCGGAGCUGACUCCCGCCAAGCUCUGCUGCAGCCCCUGACCGCCAUCACGGGUGGCCAGGCCCAGUCCUUGUCGAUGUUGGGGGCUCCGGGCCGGGGGCGGGGGUCGAGGCCGAUGCGCUGCGGGCAGCAGCCGCCGGGGGCGCUGCGGGGGCUGCAGUUAAAGCUCCGGCGCGGGCGCACGCGCUCAGAGGGAGCUGGGCCGCCGCCGCCGCCGCUGUCCCCGCGCUCUGCGCCCGGUGCCCUCCAUCUCCGCCCCGCGGCCCCCGGCUCCCCCGGCCCCGGCACGGCGUCGAGCCAUCUUCCCUCACCUCCUACCGGAACCCUAGCUUGCUCCCGGCCCAUGUGGCCCCCGCGGGCGCCCGGCCCCGGCUCCAGAACUCAGCCUUGCACCUGAGCGCGGGGCCCGGCGGGGCGCGGCGGCGGCGAUGGGGAAACUGCAGUCCAAGCACGCCGCCGCCGCCCGCAAACGGAGAGAGAGCCCGGAAGGUUUCCCGCGCGUCCGCCCCCGGGCCGCAGGGGACAGCUUCGUGGCGUCAGCGUACGCGAGCGGCCGCAAAGGAGCGGAGGAAACGGAGCGGCGCGCGCGGGACAAGCAGGGCUCUCAGACAGAUGCCUGCAUCAGAAAGUCCCUGGGUUAUGAAGAAAGGCCCAUGACACCCCCAGGGAGUUGGGGAAGCCUCAGGAGCAGGAGGAAGCAGGAGCCCCUGCUCGGUGAGAGACACCAACUCGGCACCAAAGUCAUCUCCAGGGUCAGGCUCUGGCCGUCCAGGUGGACAGGACUCAGCUCUGUGCUGUCUCCUUGCGAGCUCUCCACGGCUUUCCAGGGACCUGGAAUCAGAAGCAGAAACACAGCUGCCCAUCCCUGCAGCCUGCCUGCCCCAGAGCUGCCUGCUCUCAGGAAAUGCUCCAGGGCGGAGCUGCCCAAUGGGAACCCCAAGGAAGGGCCUUUCCGGGAGGACCAGUGUCCCCUAGAGGCCCCUUUGCCACCUCUUGUCCUCCCAGUGGCACUCCCCGCUGAGAAAGCUGAGGGCCACGAGCGCCCAGGACAACUCAGCGCAGAUGACGGAGAGAGGGCAGCAAACUGCGAGGGCCCACGAGGACCAGGCGGGCAGCGCCUCAACAUUGACGCACUCCAGUGCGAUGUCUCGGUGGAGGACGACGACCGCCAGGAGUGGACGUUCACGCUCUACGACUUUGACAACUGUGGGAAGGUCACCAGGGAGGACAUGUCCAGCCUCAUGCACACCAUCUAUGAGGUCGUGGAUGCCUCGGUCAACCACUCCUCGGGCAGCAGCAAGACCCUCCGUGUGAAGCUAACCGUCAGCCCUGAGCCCUCCAGCAAGAGGAAGGAGGGUCCUCCUGCUGGCCAGGACCGGGAGCCCAACCGUUGCAGAACAGAGGGUGAACUGCCAGAGGAGCCAAGGGUGGCCGACAGGAGGUUGUCUGCACACGUCAGGUACCCCGUCCUCAGGGGCGUGCCGCCCAGUCUGUGUGGCGGUCAGGCCCUUCUCUGUGCUUCAUGCAGGAGGCCCAGCACUGACCCCCAGCCCUGCUCAGAGCGGGGACCCUACUGCGUGGACGAGAACACGGAGCGCAGAAACCACUACCUGGACCUCGCCGGGAUUGAGAACUACACGUCCAGAUUCGGCCCUGCUACCUGUUGGUCGUGACUGCCUCCUGGCUACCUGUUGGUGCUGCCCGAAAGCAAGGCAGGCGCCCCGUCCAGGCGUGUGUGUAUGGAAGGGGGGUACCUGGUUCAAAGUGAGAUGGAAGACGGGUUUGCAUUCAGGAAAACCCUGCCUUGAGGUGAGAAGUCAGUAUUUUAGGGUGGAAUCACCAGCUCACUCAGCAGAGGGAGUUGUCCAGUAGAGUGGCUGGCAGGUAGUGUGGACAACAGACAGUGUGGACAGCAGGCAGGCAGUGUGGACAACAGACAGUGUGGACACCAGGCAGUGUGGAUGGCGGGCAGUAUGGACAGGAGGCAGUGUGGACAACAGACAGUGUGGAUGGGAGGCAGUGUGGACAACAGUGUGGAUGGGAGGCAGUGUGGACAACAGACAGUGUGGACACCAGGCAGUGUGGAUGGCAGGCAGGCAGUGUGGACAACAGACAGUGGACGGCAGGCAGGCAGUGUGGAUGGCAGGCAGGCAGUGUGGAUGGCAGGCAAGCAGGUGGAUGGCAAGCAGCGUAGACAGCUGGCAGCCUGCCUAGCACCCAUUUAUUUCUGACCAGCAGCACCCCCGUGUGGCCUGCAUGGAGAUUAUUGGACUAAAGCCCAGGCCACUCCCCAAGGGCUGGGGCCGAGUCCCUCUCCUAACCCCAGCUCCAGGAGUCCCCAGGGGCAGGAGAGGUGGAGCUGGAUCGGGGUCAUGGGCUCAGUGUGCUGUGUGCCGACGCUGGGCCAUGCUCUGCGCGGGGCUUGCACUGCACCUGGUGAAGGUGGAAGCCCUGGGUCCUGGAAUCUGUUUUGUAAUGAGGGUUUAGGGGACGUGAAUCCUGGGAUGCCCUCCCUGACAUAACCUGGCUUUCUGCCAUGGUG